UCACGUCAAUCAUGUCGGCCCCACUCCUCAAGCUCGACCUCUCACACGGCCACACGGGCCUCUACGUGCUCAGUGCGGCCCUCGCCCUGCUCUCGCACCUCGCCGUGCAGCUGCGCGAGCCGCGCGCGCCGCCGUUCGUGCAUCUCUUCCUGUUCGCCGCCGCCGCGGCCGUGUAUGCGCUGCACACGCAGUACGCGCUGCCCCUGGGCACCGCCGCGGCCGUCGUGGCGCGCAUGGCGGGCGUGUGGGUGGCCACCAUCUUCGCCUCCAUGGCCAUCUACCGCACCUUCUUCCAUCGGCUGCGUCGCUUUCCCGGGCCCAGGCGCUUCGCCCUCUCCAAGUUCGUCAGCAUCCCCAUGGAUCUGGCGGGACAGCGUCCCUACCGCGUCACACGCUGGCACGAACAGUACGGCUCCGUCAUUCGCAUCGGCCCGCGCGAACUGAGCGUCGCGGACCCCGCGGCACUGCCGGCCAUCUACGGCGCGACGGGCGCCAGCGCUCGCUGCACUCGCGGACCGUGGUAUGCCUUCACGGUCGAGAGCACACGGACGAGCUCGUACAAUCUGCAGUCUACGCCCACCAUGACGGACCACGCCGCGCGCCGCAAGGUCUGGGACGCGGCAUUCUCGCUCAAGGCGCUCAAGGGCUACGAGGAGAAUGUCAUCUCCAAUGUCGAGCUUGUCAUUGAGCAGGUCGGCGCGUAUGGCGCCAAGGGUCCCGUCGACGUUGGUCAAUGGAUGUCAUGGUUCGGCUUUGAUGUCAUGGGCGAGGUCGGCUUCGGUCGCGGCUUCGACAUGGUCAAGUCCGCCACGACGGCCAAGCCCAUCGUGCUGCUGGAGCAGGGCGUCAAGCUCAUCAUGGCGUCGGGCAACGUGGCCUGGCUGAUGGCGAUGUUCAAGUACCUGCCCAAUCCCAUCGUGCUCUUCGAGGCGUGGAUCCGCGAGACACUGGAGCAGCGCGUGCGCGAGGGAAAGACGGGCGUCGUCGAGCACGAUGUCUUUUCGUGGCUGCUGGGAGAGGCAAAGAACCAGGGUGCAACGCAGACGAUGCCCGAACUCAACGCUGAUGCUGGCCUGCUGAUCGUCGCCGGCAGCGACACGAGCAGCAACACGAUGGCCAUUACGAUCUACGAGCUGCUGCGCAACUCGGGCGCCUACGCUCGCCUGCAGGCCGAGGUGGACGAGGAGUUUGGCAUCGAGAACGCGACCGACUUUACGCGGCUCGGCAAGUUGCCGUAUCUCAAUGCCGUCAUCAACGAGACGCUGCGCCUCUGGCCGCCCGUUGCGAGCGGACUGCAGCGCAACACACCUCCCGAAGGUCUGCUUCUGCCCGACGGCACGCACAUCCCGGGCAACACCGUCGUCUCGACGGCGACAUACACCAUGCACCGCGACGCACGCAACUUCACCGACCCGCAUGCAUUCAAGCCCGAUCGUUGGCUGAGCAAGCCUGCCGCUGGCGAAGUGUUCAACCAGCGUGCCUUCUCCGCCUUUGGCUAUGGUCCCACGGGCUGCAUCGGCAAGAAUCUCGCCUUCAUGGAGAUGCGCGCCAUGAUCGCCCGUUUCGCGCAGAGCUUCGAUGCGCAGCUUGCGCCCGGCUUCAGCCCGGAACGCUUCGAGGCGUCGAUCAAGGACUGCUUCGUGCUCGUCAAGGACCCCAUCAACAUCACCGUCACGCCGCGCCGAAACGCUCCCAAGCCUCAGUAGCUGCACCACGAGCGGGGCCGAGGCGCUGCGAUUACAAUGCAUGGUUCAGCUCCGCG